CUCACGUGGAUCGCGACGCGCCGUUCUCCUCCAGUUCUUGCUCGAUUCGCAUGUUCCUGGGCCGCACAAUCGUGUCGUGUCUACCAGUUUUGCAGAGUGGGCAACGUCGUCAGAACGCCACAGAAGUCCGACAACUGUCAAAUGACAAUCGUAUCGGGGCUCGCAGCGAGUUAAUGCCGACUAACGAAAACAGCAGCAGGUGAAAUGGCAGCCGAAAUCAAACCCGCGCCAGGCAUCAACCAGGACAAGUUCAGCAGCAAUAGGAAGCCGAUACUCCUGUCGAAGCUCGAGGGUUGCAAUGACGACGUCAACGCUGCCGUUAUCAUACCCAGGGUCGACGGCGUUAUUAGCGUCUGCGAUGACAGAACUGUUAGAGUAUGGUUAAAACGCGAUUCAGGUCAAUACUGGCCCAGCGUGUGCCAGUACAUGGUGGCAGCUGCAACUUCUAUGGACUUUUGCCCCGAAACAAGACAGUUGUUUGUUGGACUUGAAAAUGGCAGUAUUAAUGAAUUUAUUUUGGAAAGCGACUACAAUCGAAUGACCUCUAUACGAGAGUACAUUGCUCAUCAAGCAAGAGUCACAGGUGUCAUAUUUGCCUUGAGCUGUGAGUGGAUUUUAAGUAUUGGACGGGAUAAAAUUUUUCAAUAUCAUAGUACAGAAAAUGGGCGGAAAAUUGGAACAUUCCAGACUGAUGCUUGGUACACUGCAUUACAAUUCGAUGCUCAAUCUAAAUAUGCUUUUGUUGGAGACUACUCUGGUCAAAUACAGAUGCUGAAACUAGAGAACAAUGGCUGUAAUUUUGUAACUACGUUAAAAACUCACACUGGAAGUAUUCGAUCAUUAGCAUGGGAUAGUGAAAAGCAACUCUUGUUCUCUGGUAGUUUUGAUCAAAGUAUUAUUGUAUGGGACAUUGGAGGUCGUCAAGGAACUGCUUAUGAAUUACAAGGUCACCACAACAAGGUGACAGCAUUGUGCUAUGCUAGCACAGAACGCAUCUUAUUUUCUGGUGGUGAAGAUGGAGUAAUUGUAUGCUGGGAUAUGGCAGCUAACAGAAAAGAGACAGCCAAUUGGGUUGAAUCAAACACUUGCCAGGCUUGUGGACGACCAUUUUUCUGGAACAUCAAAGCAAUGAUGGACCAACGUCAAUUAGGUCUGAGACAACACCAUUGCCGUCAUUGCGGCCAGGCACUAUGUGCGAACUGUUCAUCACAACGUAUACCAAUUCCCUCUAUGGGAUUCGAGUUUGAAGUUCGUGUGUGCGAUCCAUGCCAUAUUCAGUUAAAAGCUGCCAAUCAAACAUCUUUGGCAUCUUUUCAUGAUGCUAAGCACAGCAUUGUUUAUAUGGAUCUAGAUGCCCCCCGAAGAAGGCUAUUGACUGUUGGACAAGAUCGCAUAAUUAAAAUUUGGGAUAUCACAGCUCUGCUUCAGUAAAUGAUCUACUUGUUAAGCAGGAUAAAAGGAACACAUGAUACUCAUAGCCUCUCUUUGUGACAAAUGAACGCAUUUUCUGCUUUUUUACAGCAAAGUGAUUGUUAUGACAAAGCAGUGUAAACAGAAAACGCAAGAAACAAGUGAGAAAAUGAAUUUUAAUAAACUUUUAUAUAGAUUCACCCUAAAUAAUUUCAGGUAACACUUUAAUCGAUUUAUAGGCAAAAAAGGAGUUCUAUGUUCUAUUGUAAUGUUUAAGGUACCCAAAACUUGUGCUAUAUUUAAUUAUUUGUUUUAUAAUAUGAGUAUUUUGUUAGAUCACGUUAAAUUUUAUGAUCAUCAAUAUGAAGAAACACAAAGAAAAGAGAAUAAAAUCAAACAUUUAUUACGUGCUCUUUGAUUGGUGAAUUGAAAAAUGAAUGAAAUGAAAAUUGGGAGCAUUAACACCAGUAGGAUAACUAAGGUACACUUUAUACUAUUCCCUAGUCGCCCUAAUUGUUACUAAUCAUUGUUUUAUACAUUAUCUAUCAUAAUUAAACUAUAUAGACUAAUUUAAGGUACAAGCUAUAUACAUUUUUUGUCACUGUUCAUUGCUUCCAUGUAGAUUGAAUAAUUUGAAUCAUCAGUGACGUUAAGAGUUAAGAUCUUCCUGAAAUACUUAAUAUGUUUAUAAAAUGAGAUUUGUUGCUUUGAAGUUUUAAAGUUAUAUACAAAGAAAUGAGAAAAAUUUGUAAAGUGUAUAAUCUUGUACCAAAACCUAAAAAUACUGUAUCUAUAAAUGUAAUAACUUACGUGUAAUGUAUACUUCACCAUGCCACUGUAUUGAGCGUGAGGUAAAGCGAUGGCUGUUAACUGUUACGCGAUAGUGUUAUUUAGUUUUCUAUAUAAACGAAAUAUAUGAAAUAUUUAUACGUUA